AUGACAAUAAUUAAAUAGGAUAAUGGAUUCCCAUCUGAAGAAGUUGAAAAAUGUGUUCAAGAUUCUGUUGAGCAGGUACUAGCAAAUGCAUAGUGGGAUGAAAAGAUGGUUCCUUAAUGGAUUAACGAUAUCUGUGAGAAGGCAAUGAAACAACUCACAGAGCUUAACCGUCCAUAUAAAUUUAUGAUAUCAUGUAUGCUAAUGUAAAAGACGCAAUAAUCAGGAGCUUAGACUGUACUAUCUUGCUCUUGGGAGAACAAUACAGAUGGUAAAAUUGUGAAAUUUGUUUAUGAAUUGAAUAUAGGUUAUUAUUAAAUGGUGUACCCUCCAUAAAGAGCAAAGGACAGUGCACAAAAGACCAUUUAAUGUAUAGCUACUGUGUUUUGUGUUAGAUUUUGA